GUAUCCCGAUAUUCCAGUCCCGGGAAUAGAAAGACGUUGUUCAACAUAGAACAUUGCAUUGAAUUUGAUCAUUGACAAGAUGUGAAAAGGGGGGGGGGACUGAUCCGUGUCAGGGAUGGAAAGUUAAGGAUGACAGCAAAAACCCUAUUUGUCUUUCGUAGAAGAGAUAUCCGUGAUGUAUGAAUAUGCCAGUGUACUGCCAUCACCUUAUUAAAGAUAUGAAGCAAAUCCGGUUCAUUCCAUAGGCUCUACUAUCGUUUCAUUUCAAUUUAUCUGAACAAAGGAGCUGUCGAUCCUUUAUGCAGCGUUUCACCAUUUGCUUAGCUCAACACUUUUUGCCUAAAACCAUAAAAUGGUCACAAAAAAAGUACGAGCACCCUUUUGUCAGCCAUGUUCGAGCCCAUUUCAUGCAUUGAAUGUAGACGACGAAAAGUCAAAUGCAAUCGCAGAAACCCUUGCGACCAGUGCACACUGCGAAAAGCAGCCAUGGAUUGUAAAUACCCCACUGCUUUAAGAAGACGGCGAGCUCCAGACACCGAAGACUCCCAGGAGCUAGAAACGUUACGGAGCAGGCUGAACGAUGUUGAAUCCCUAUUGGCGGAUAUACAACAAAAAAAUCAGCCGGACGACGCGCCUAUGGAAGAACUUUCAAAGUACCUCGAUCAUGCCGCCCUCGCAUCCAUGCUAAAACCUCUUCGAGAAUCCUUGGAAAACUAUGAACAAUCCAUUAGUUAUGUCUUUGAGGAAUAUGACGAUCCGACUGCGCUCCUGCUUCCUCGCAUUAUGGAUAACGAAGAUACAGAAACUGAUUUUAUUGCAUUCCUUAUCGCUUACUUUUUCCAGUUGGCCGACCAUCCAUACGUUUCCAGCGCUGAAACAUAUGAGCUUGUGCGACAAAUGCACACGUUGAAUCAAGAUGGACUGCUGCUUUUGAUGAUUUUGGCAACCAGUUCGCGCAGUCUUCCUUCCAAUCAUCCCGUUUUGACUGAAACCGGCCUUACUGCUGGUGAGAUCUCAGAGCGCUUCAUGGAGAGCUAUAACAAGCAACGAAGUUAUUUCACCAAAGAGAGCCUUGCUACAGUUCAAGCUCAUAUUCUCGCCUGCUAUCACCAUAUGGCGUUUGAAAGAGUUGAAAGUGGAUGGAAGUCAAUGGUAGCUGGCGUUGGUGCAGCGUGGAGCAUCAACCUUCAUGUUGUCAACCCCUCUCGACCCACUGUUCCUCAAGAACGGCGCUGUCAAAUAUGGGCGGCGCUUUCCGUAUUGGAAGCCACGGUAUGCGGAACGCAAGGACGACCAAACCUUAUUACCAUAGCUGGGUUGCAAUCGGAUGUGCACUCUACGAAACAAAUGACAGACACCUCAAGUCUGUGUCGCCAAAUCAAUAUCCAAACUACUACUGGCCUCCUCAUGGACUAUCAUUCUGUCCUAGCCUUUGAUGCUGCCAUUGAUGAUGAGGUUGCCAAACUGGAACACAGUCUAGGCGGAAAACCUCAAAUCGAAGGUGUUAUUCUCGAAUUACUUGCUGUCCAAGCCAAGCUCCAUCAACCACAUAUAACAAGUCACCCGCAGUCAGAAAAGAAGAUGACUUUUGCACUCACGAAGUUUUUGUAUCAUCUAAAGAACAUCGUAAUGGUCCUUGGUAACGACCUGAACACCAGGAUUACACUAUUGCAGUGCAGGUUCGUGCAAGUACUUAUAAUCCUCUAUACAUAUUUUCACACUGGAGGGUCUCUACUGGAUAGGCAAACUAUCAACAAUGAUCUUUCCAGUAUCAUUGCUUCAGGAGUUUGGCGUGAGAACGCAAAAGCGGUGGUAGACAUGAUUGUAUACAAUCCGGACAAACGUGUUGAGCUGAAUCUGGACGCUGAUUCUUUCCCAGGGAUGGUGUACGCUUUAACACAAAGCGAUUUCAUUCCUGAAGAUUUCUUUGGGGCUAUUGUGUCCUAAAAUUGAGAAAAUGGAAAGAACGAUAUGUUUAAAACAGCACUAUAUUGUUUAUACUCUUCUUUCGAUGUAUCUGAAUGUAGAAAUGUUUGAAAGACACGGAGAAACCGAUCAAUAGUCUAUAGUUUGAUGCUAUACAUCGUACAUCUUUUAUUUCGUCUUACACUACCUCCACAUUAUUGGAAUUUACUUUUUCUCAUUGCAUUAUUUCUAUAAGUUGUCUAUUCACCUUCGUGGUUGCAUUUAGAAAAUAUAUAAAUACCUGUCAUCUCAAUUUGAAUGGCACUUACAGUGAAAGGAA